CGACUCGUGAACUCCAAAAAUGAUUCAUGUUUCCUGCUAUUGUCGGCCCUGAUGCUCAUUGGAGACCAUGGUUGACCGACUUGUUAACAGUGAGGCCAAUGCUAGGCGUAUUGCCAUGGUGGAAAACUGCUUCGGCAGCUCUGGACAGCCACUUGCUGUUCCUGGGAGGGUGCUCGUGGGAGAGGGUGUCCUGACGAAAAUGUGCAGGAAAAAACCCAAACCCAGGCAGUUUUUCCUUUUUAAUGACAUUCUCGUUUAUGGAAAUAUAGUUAUCAACAAGAAAAAGUACAACAAACAACAUAUUAUCCCCCUGGAGGAGGUGAAGCUGGAAUCCCUGGCGGAUGAUGGACAAUAUCGCAAUGGAUGGCUCAUUAAAACGGUAACAAAAUCGUUUGCUGUUUAUGCUGCUACUGCAACAGAGAAGCAAGAGUGGAUGGCACAUAUAACAAAGUGCAUAGAGGAUCUGCUGAGAAAGAGCGGAAAGAAGCCUGUGGAGGUGCAUGCUGCUGUUUGGGUGCCUGACAAUGAGGCGAAUCACUGUAUGCAUUGUAAAAAGACACAGUUUACAGUUAUCAACAGAAGGCACCAUUGUCGACAAUGCGGUGCAGUAGUUUGUGGCCCAUGCAGCAAUAAGAAGCUAUUCCUGCCUGGCCAGGGUAAUGGAAAAGCCGUGAGGGUCUGCCUACAAUGUUACGACGUGGCUAGCAAAGUGAAAGCAACAUCCCCCCCUGGAGUAGACAAUCUCAACAAUUCAGAGCAGCAGCGCAAUUCAGCAGACAGCUCAGGUGGCGACAGUUCAGGGGACGAGGAGGAUGUGAACAAGGAGGAAAAACACGAUGAGCCAAAAUUCUACUCAGUUCUCGCUCGAUGAAUCCCGACAAAGCGACAGAAUCAUCACCAGAGGAAUCAGAAUAGUUGUUCCAUUCGAUCGGACAGGAUUACAAUUCAGAUCAAAGAAAAUAAAUUUUUAUAAUCAAUAACGUACAACGAAAUGACGUGGGAGACGUGUACAACUUCAUUUUAUCAAUUUUCAAGCAUGAAAAAAAAGACGAGUAAUUAGUAUUUCAUUCGCAGUAUUCGUAUGGCGAUUGUUAUCUGUAUAUUUUUCAUAUUUCAAUUUCAGCGGAGCUAGAAUCUUUGAAAAAUUACUCAGGCUUUAACGUAUGAUUUUUUUAAUUUCAAUUUUACAGUUCAGAAAAGGUUCUGUUUAACACUAAGUGCUUUUUAAACAAGAAACAACAGCUAAAAUAGGGGCGGGGGACUGGGGGAUUGCCCAUGAGAAUGUUGGAGGUAUUCAUUUUACCUGAGAUUCCUCCUGCUCGUAUUUUAACCGCGUAAUUAUUAUUUUAAACACAAAAAUCCUUGGAUAUUUUAAGACUCAUGCCACUACGUGCCUUCCACCCACACUCUGGACUUGAAAAUUUUUUUAAAUCAUUCAACAUUAUACUGGUGGCAGUUUAAUUAUUCUUUCUCUUUAAUUUAACACGUAAGUGAUUGAUAAAUGAAACUUGACUGUUUAAUCGAUAUUUAUGGUAACAAUUGAAAUGAUGAAAUUUCGAGGCCAAUUGAACUACGUAUUCCAUCCAUGAAAAUGUCAAAUUGAAAUUGUAAAAAAUUUGGAGACAUUGUCGGGUAGGAGCAAGCUAAUUGUUUCUCGAGAGUUUAGGGGUAAGAUUGAAUAAGGUUCAAAUUUUCUUCUUUUUUUUUCAUAAAUUACUAAUUUUUAUAUCAGACAUUUACAUUUGUAAAUAUCUUAUAUGAUUGUCGAUGAGAAUGACGGUUUAUCUAUUAACUAUUAUGGAAUAAAAAUAAAAACAUAUCAACAAGUGA